AUGGCUCUUAAGCGCAUUAACAAGGAGCUGACUGACCUCGGCCGUGACCCGCCGUCGUCUUGCUCCGCUGGACCCGUUGGCGAGGAUCUGUUUCACUGGCAAGCAACCAUCAUGGGACCGGGCGAGUCUCCGUACUCUGGUGGUGUCUUCUUCCUUGCCAUCCACUUCCCCACCGACUACCCCUUCAAGCCGCCCAAGGUCAACUUCACGACUCGCAUCUACCACCCCAACAUCAACUCCAACGGCAGCAUCUGUCUUGACAUCCUGAGGGACCAGUGGAGCCCUGCUCUGACCAUUAGCAAAGUCCUUCUCUCCAUCUGCUCCAUGUUGACAGACCCCAACCCCGACGACCCUCUUGUGCCCGAGAUCGCCCACGUGUACAAGACGGACCGACCCCGAUACGAGGCCACGGCCAGGGAGUGGACUAGGAAGUACGCUGUCUAG